GAACCUUCUGAGUUGUGCAGAUGGAAGGUCCAGCUAGAGAUUUGCAUUCUUCGCACCUUGGCGAUGUGGCCGCGCAGACAGCUCAGCGAGAAGAGGCCAUUUUGGAGCUAAAACAGUUAUGCAGCAAGCUCCAUUCAAUUGAAAGUGAUAUGGCUUUGAAACAGAAAGCCAUUCAGACCGCUCUGGAGUCUGCAGAAGAAGUGAAACAACAGCUGAACCAACACAGAGAAGAGCUGAAGAUAUUGCAGGAUGCAAUCCGAGAGCAAGAGGAGCAUUUGCAAAGGAAGGAGCUGGAAUUGGAUCAACAACAACAACUUCUGCAGCAAAAGCUCGCAGAGGUACAAAAGAACAAAGAGGCCUUGUUUCAGCUUGAAGCGGAAAUCCACGAACUGAAAGAGCAGCAAGAAGAGUUGGAACAAGAGCUGACUGAGAUCAAAGAAGAGAUGGAAAGGCUGUCACAGGAAAUUCACCAGGCAGAGGAGAAGAUAAGGCAAGUUGAAGAUCAAAUCAAACAGCAAGAGCGAGAGUUGCAUGGGAUAAAGGCCGAUCUCGAACGUGCAGAAAAGGAACUCAAGGCAGCUCAGCUCGAGCUCAGCCAAGCUCAGGAGAAGCUUGAGAAGGAGGAGAAGCAAAAGGAGCAGGCUGAAGUGAAUCUGGAACGAGCUCAAGUUGAGCUUGACAAGGUUGACAUUGAGUUGAAAGAGCUUGAGCAGGAACUACGAGAAGUUGCAAGCCUUAUUGAAGAUGCUCAGCGCAACAGAGCAGAUGCCGAGAGAAGGAGGGAGGUUGCAGCUGCCAGAGUUCAAGAAGCCCAGCAGAAGAUGAGGAUGAAAGAAGAAGCGCGCAAGCUAGCUCAGCAACAGUUAGCAGUUGCAACAGAAGAAGUUGAACGGGCUCGAAGUAUGGUCGCCGAACUGAAGGCUGCCCUGGAUGAAGCAAAGCAAAUUCUGCGAAAUGCUGAGGCUGAGGCGUCGGCGGCGCAACAGAAAUUGCAAAUGUCAGAGCAGGAAUUUCAACGUGCAAGAGAUGCUGAAGCUAAGUGCAAAGCAAUCUUGGACAACGCCACUGCCAGCUUGCAGAUGGCAGCCAGAGACCUCUGCCAAAAAAACAAUCAAUUGCAAGCUGCCAAUCAAAAUGAGAGGGCAGCCAAGCAACAGAUGCUCGCGGCCAAGAACCAAGAAGAGGUCUGCAAGCAGGAUGUGGCGAAAGCCAGGGAACAACAAAAACGGGCAGAAUCAGAAGAGCAGAAGUGCAGUCAGGAGAGGGAAAGAGCAGCAAAGGACUUGCAGCAAUCAGAGGCUCAGGUCCAGAGAUGCGCUGCUCAGAAGGAGGCAGCUCAAGCGGAAACUAGACAAGCCGAACAGGAAGCAGGGAAAGCAGAACAGACCCUCAGGCUUGCUCAAGCGGCAUUUACCGCGGCGCAGCUGGCACUGGCUGCAGGAGUGACCAAUCCAGUCGGUUGUGCUGCACUUAAAGCGGCAUUAGCAGCAGCAGGUGCAAAAGUAAAUCAAGCAAAGCAGGCCCGGGAAUCAGCAAAUGCAAAGCUUACUCAGGCCAGGUCAAAAAUGCAGCAGGCGACAGCAAGUCAUUCCAGCAGCCUCAGCGCCAAAAGUGCUCGGGAGCGAGAGUUCUCCAACUGCACACAACAGUGGAAGUCUGCAAAGACACAGCACGAGCGCAGCAGGCAAGCGCAUGAUCGCGCUGUUGAAAAGCAGAAAGCUGCAGAACAGAGGCAUUCUCAGGCAAAAGGCAAACAUGCGGAGGAAACCCGCAAACUGCAAGAAGCACAGAAGAACCAAGAGAAGGCAAAGAGGGAUGAACAGACUGCAAAACAGAAGCAACAAGAGGCCAAAUCGAAUCAUGAUGAUUCUCGUGAGAAGACCAAGAGAAGCCAAGACAAGCUUGUUGCAUGUCGAGAGCAGGACAAUAAAUGCAAACAGGUGAAGAACAAGGCCAAGCAGAAAUGUGAUCAAAUGUUAGAGAGACACUCCAGGAGCAAGGCAGCGUUGGAUGAAGCGCAAAAACAGCUACGGGCAAAAAGAGAGGCAGAAGGGGCAGCCAUCCAAGAGGAGCACCAGGCCAGAGAAGAGUUCAACCGCUUUGAGAGGCAAUUGCACUAUGCGAAGAUGAGCGUGGAGGAACUCAGAGAAGCUGAAAGAGCAUUGAACACAAAGAAAGCUGAGAAGGAGAGCAACAGAAAUCAGAAGAGCAGGGAGGUCGACAAAGCAAAACGAGAGGUUGAAAAGAAGGAUGCAGAUCUCAGGAAUGCAGAACAAAGGCUUCAAGCUGCCACUGCAACUCUUGAAGAAAAGCGAGGACAUGUUGGUGCGGCGGCAAGGCGAGUGACGGACAAAGAGAUUGAGAUAUCAGCAGCGAAGAACAUCCUGCACGGUUUGAACUUUACUUUGGAUACCAAUUCCAAAAAGAAGCAGGACUUGGAAUACAAGAAAAGCUCGGUUGCCACAAAGCUGAAGUCAACCAACAAGAAGUUGCAGGAAAAAGAAAGAAAGGAGAAAGAGUUGCAAAGUAAGGAGCGGACUUUGGAACAAGACAAAAUGAGGCUCCAGCAGACCUAUGAGUCAGCAGCCCGCACAGUUGGCAACUUGAGACAGGAUUUGGACUCAAAAAGAAAUGAUCUCACGAAUGCUCAGCAGAAAUGCAAUACGCAGGAGAUGAAGCUGCGAGCAGCAAAUCAGAAGGUUGAUGAACUGAAGCAGGAUGCAGGGAAGAUAUGCGUGGAUAAGAGGGAGCUGCAGAGUCUCAUAGAUUCCAAAAAAUCACAGUGCAACCGCUUGAGCCAGGAAGGACUUCGGAGUCAACCUUCUUAUACAGAGAGCCGCAGGUAUCAGGCCCAUGAGAACGCACGUUGGAGGGAACAAGUUUGGGAGGAGGAGCUCUCUGCCCAUGCCCGCCACUAUGCAUAGGUCGUUCUUAUGAAGCUUCCACUGAGCUCCCAUCUCUGAGCACCAGUCUCUGAGGUUUGCCCAGGGUCCAGGAGCUUUCCGUAGAAUGUAGUUGACAUACUUGGUUUCAAA